AUGGAGAAAGAGAACAAUGUAAAUGAGUCGGAAGUCCCAGGAACGGCCUGUGAUACUACAACCCACAACCCUUUUGAGACUUCAGAAGAUGGAUGCUGCCCUUUUGACGUAUUCACCCCCGAGGCAUUAACAGAUAGACUCAGGGGACAUGAGGAUUGCACCAAGGACAUCAUCAAGAUCAUCAAAUCCAUCCAUGUAAAUCAAUGCAAGAUGAAAAAACUAUGCAAGGUUUUCAACUCUGUAUCUAACUACAACACUGAUUCGAUAGUAGAACUCACUAGGGAUGCAAAUAGAAUGCUAAGAUAUGUAUCGACAUACCUCAUGCUCGACAAAAUAAAGCAAUGGGUUGUGGAUGGAAGAGGGUUUGAAGUUGUGGAGACCAUGUAUGAUGAGGUGUUUUUGGUCAGGUUCCGGGAUGUGGACUUCAACAUAAGGAGCAUUUGUGUGGGGUUUAUGUGUGAAUGGAUUGUCUCUGCCCCUGAGAUAUUCAACUUCCCCUGUUACUUGAAGUAUAUUGGAUGGUCUCUUAGUGACAAGAACGAUAAUGUUAGAAGAAAAGGGGUUGGGGCGUGCAUCAAGCUUGUGCGGAAGAAGGUCGAUAUUCAGACAUUUGUGUCCCGCUUUAAAAAUAGAAUGAUUGAGCUGUCUUUGUACGACAGAAACUUUGGGUUGAGGGGAGAAGGAAAGGUACUAUGCAUGAGCCUGUACAUCAAUGGGAUGAUUUCUAAGGAUGAUGUAUAUAAAGUGUUGGGAUCGAUGAAUGAAAAAGAUAAGAAGUUGCUAGUAGAAGAUACCAUCAGGAAGAUACUCAAGAGGGAAGGAUCAAGCGAUGAAUGCCUACUGGAUAACCAUGAGGGCUUACAUGAGCUUUUUUCCAACACCUCCUUGUUCCUAUGCUCCUGCAUUCCUCACAGUGAUAAGGAUGUUGAAGGGUUCAUAGACUUUAUCCUGGACUUCUUGAGGACAAAGAGUUCUUGCUGCCAAUCUAGAACCUUGUGCUACUUAAAGAUUCUUGGAGUCCUUUCCGUCAAUAUGGUGGAUCUUAGGAAGUACUACAGUAUUCUUGAAACAGUCAGAGACAAUAGGGAAAACACAAGAGAGGCCAUGGCAUCGGCUUCAAAGUUGGGCCUUAAGGUGUUUAAAAGACAGCCUGACAUUACCAACGACCUUCUUGAAAUGAUGAGAGAGCUUUCGAUCCAAUACAAAUGUGAAGAGAUGUUUUCUAGUCUUGUGUGUCUUUUGAAGAAGCUUGAAAGUGAUUUUCCGGUGUCUGUCUAUCCUAUUGUAGAGUCUUCUGGAUCCUCCUGCAUAGAGUUUUUACGAUGUACAAUCAAAUCGUUCGAUAUAUCCAAGGGAGUUGGAAAUGAGCACCCAAGUGAGAUCAAGUGCUAUGCUGCAUUGUGGAGAACAAUGGCAAAUGACUACGAGAGAGUUAACAAAUACGAACUUAAAGACAUCGAUAACCCAGGUGUGCUUUGUGACUUCCUGAUCUUCUUCAAGGAAAAGUGUAUAGAGUUUGGUAUGAUGAACCUGAAGGUUGAACAAGCCUCUGAUCAAGGGGAAUGCUUCAAGGUGAUGUACGACAAGCUAUUUGCUCUUAUACAUUCCAAGGCCGAAAGUGUUUUUAUUGAUCCAGGGUCGUGUAUCUCUUUGUUCAAGCUUGUCGAUGAGGGCCUUCUUCUUGAUUACUCUUACAUUAUAUUCAGGGAAUGCGGGGUGGAGCUGAUCUCUGAGUUUCUGAACAAAAGUAAGUCGAAAAUGAACUUAGUUUCUGGGUACUUCAGAUAUCUUAUGGAUGUGGAAGAGAAGGACGUAGACAAGGGUGUUGGAAAGCUCAUAGGCUCGAAGUGUAGUAUGGCAAAAAGAGGAAUUGACAUAGAGAAAGUUGUUUUCAGAGGUAUGAAAGGGAUCGUUGAGCAAAAGAAGACGUUUCUAUAUGACGCCGUCCUCAUUUACUUUGUUUCUUCAUUAACGACGAAUGAGUGUAUAAUCCUGGAGCAAGGCCUGGAGAAGUCAAGGCUCAAAAUGUCUUUACUUAGAAGGAUUAGAGAUGGGUAG